AUGUCGGAUCCAACAACACAGACCAAUUAUCUUCAGGCCGCAACUACUCAUGUCGCCUUCGAUUGGACGGUAGACUUCCGGAAACAGAUCAUCUCCGGAUCAGCGACGCAUACUGUAGAGAUCAAGGAGAGUGGCGUAAAGGAAGUGAGCUUCGACACUGCAGACCUUGAUCUUCAUGGAGUUCAGGUUGAUGGGAAUGAUUCCGCCUACGAAUUGAAAGCAAGGCAUGUGGUUAUGGGAUCUGCCCUCCACGUCCCACUGCCCGCAGGAUUAAGGGUUGGCGCGACGGUGAAAGUCAAAGUAUCGUAUGCCACGACAGAGGCCUGUACUGCUCUGCAGUGGUUAGACAAAGAGCAAACUCAAGGGAAGACGUUCCCUUAUUUGUUCAGCCAGUGCCAACCCAUAUACGCCCGCGCUCUAGCACCAAUACAAGAUACACCAUCCGUAAAAAUCACGUAUUCGGCCAGUGUAUCUUGCGUCCUCCCCGUCCUCCUUUCGGCCAUCCGUCAAUCUCCUCCUUCUGAUGGACCGGCUCACGAUGGCAAGGAAAUAGGGAAAGAUGUUGUCACAUACACAUACGAACAAGCAAGUCGUGCACCCGUUCCCAUACCUUCCUACCUAAUUGCCAUCGCUUGCGGGGAUGUAAGAUACAAGCCUUUCCCUCCGCCUGAUGGCAAGACGUGGAAGAGCGGUAUCUGGGCAGAGCCUGCGAUGAUCGAUGCUGCGUAUUGGGAAUUCAGCGCUGAUACCAACGAUUUCCUAGCGGCGGAAGAAGCCAUCGUCACGCCAUACAGGUUCGGCGUUUAUGACCUCCUUGUCUUACCGCCAUCAUUCCCCUAUGGAGGCAUGGAAAAUGCUUGCCUGACCUUCCUAACGCCUACUUUGCUUACUGGCGAUCGAACCCUUGUGGACGUUGUUGUUCAUGAACUCACACACUCAUGGUUCGGGAACGGAGUAACGCACGCACAUGCCUCCCACUUCUGGCUGAAUGAAGGAUGGACAACGUACAUUGAGCGCGUGCUGCAGGAAAAGUUGCACUCCCCUGCCCACCGAGGGUUUUCCUUCUUGAUCGGCUCAAAGGCAUUGACCGAUGCUCUGAAAGGAUAUCAAGAUCGCCCGAAAUACCAGCGGCUGAUGAUUGACUUUGAACGUGGCGAGGACCCCGAUGAUGCAUACAGUAGCAUCCCCUACGAGAAAGGAGCCAACCUGAUACUUCAUCUUGAACGUACCGUCGGAGGCUUAGAUGUAUUCCUGCCCUACGUCAAGGAUUAUGUUAGCACGUUUCUCGGUAAAAGCAUCACGACGGAACAAUGGAAGGCACACCUCUUCGGGUACUACGAGAAGCACGGCGGACCGGACAAGAUCAAGGCUCUGGAGAGCGUGGACUGGGAGGCUUGGUUACACGGCGAAGGUACCACACUCCCGGUCGACAUGCAAUAUGAUAUGUCAUUGGCGGACAAGGCAUACGUACUUGCGGAAAGAUGGGACAAAGCCCGCGAAACAUCCGAUAUAGCCCAACUCGACUUCAAGGCCUCGGACCUGAAAGACUUCGACUCGAAUCAGAAAAUUGUGUUCCUGGAGCGGCUGCAGUCAUAUCCUCCCCUACCGGCCUCGCAUCUGAAACAUCUUGCGGUGUUGUACGACUUAUCGGAAACUACCAACGCGGAGAUUCGACUGCGCUUUUACGAGGUUGUGCUGUCUGAUGGCGAUGGCGAAUCUUCUGCGGCGACUCACUUUGCUCCUGAGGCUGCGAAGUGGGUCGUGGGGGACGACGGUACCGGUGUUAUCAAAGGCCGCAUGAAGUUCUGCCGACCCGUGUUCAAGGCUGUGGCCAAAGUGGACAAGAAACUUGCAGUGAAAACGUUUGAUGGCUCGAAGACGGCCUUCCAUCCGAUUGCAAGGAAGCUGAUUGAAAAGGACCUCGGGAUCGCUUAA